UGAACUACACUCCAGCGAUGAUCAUUUGUUCCUCUUUGCUGUUCUUCAACGUCAUCUUCACAAUGCGAAUAGACGUCAAAGUUCCCGGAAAGCAAAAAAGUAGCAGCAUCAGGAAAGUCCUUUUUUCGUUUCGCUGCAUCAGUUUUCUGGUCACCGUGUUUAUUAUGGGAAUCACUAUGGGAAUAAUCUGGACCUUUGAGUUUAUAUACAUAAAAGAUAUUGCCCUAGAAUGGGAUCCAAACUUUUCAAAUUUGAACUUGAUUUUUGGAUUGAUAAUCAUAAUUGACUGCCUACUGGGAGAAACUCCUUCUCUCUUACUCUCAGGAUACAUCAUACAAAAACUGACCAAUGUGCACACCUUCUCACUAUCAAUGACUGUGGCGAGUGCCAAACUGCUGAUGUAUGGUGUCAUAUCAAACCCUUGGGUAUUUUUGCCCGUUCAUCUGACGCAUGGUGUCGCGGUAGGGGUUUUCUUCGCGAACAUGAUCACAUACAGCUACGUUCUUGCACCCGAAGGUGCACAGGCGACCAUGCAGAGUGUUGCAUCUGGAUGCUUCACGUUAGGAAGAGCUAGCGGAGCAUUACUUGGAGGAAUUUUGAUUGAAAAAGUUGGUGGAUCGUUAACAUUUAUUAUCAUGAGCGGAGUUCUCUUCGUCUACACUGCUUUGUACAUCACCGUCAACUGCACAGUAUACAAAUGCAGAAAAAUGCCAAAUGAAGGAACCAAUCAUGAUCGUUGCAAGAAUCCAAAUGACGCAGAGAAAAAUGAAGAGGCAAAAUUGACAAGUGACAUCACACCCAGCCAUGACGUCGAUGCAACAGUUAGAGGAGAAGAAUGAAAAUCAUCAAAAGAAACAACAAUAUAAAUACUAUGAAAUCGCGCUGAAUACCUGUAAAUCAGACAAAAAUACUUCUUAGCAGCCCAUUCAAGACCUAAUAUGUUUAUCAUUCUUGAUGUGUUUAUCAUUUCGAGAUUUUCAUAUGACUUGUUUACCGUCUAUAACAAUUUAAGGAAGUAUUUUUCUUAUGCCAUUAAUAAAUAAUCUUUUUUAUAACCUUGGAAAAGCAUCUUUAAUUAGCAGAGCAAAUUUUAUAUAUAUAAAACAGAAUUCCGACGGCCGGAAGGACCUAUCUGG